AUGGAAGAAGGAGCAAGACUUGGCGCUUGCCACAACAACAACAACAAUGAAGUUGGUGAUGGAGUGCAAUGCAUUCACCAUCCUCACACCACCAACAACAACGCCAACCCUGGUGCCAUCUGCGCCUUCUGUCUCCAAGAAAAACUUGGCAAGCUUCUCUCUUCUUCUUUCCCUUCUCCUCCUCCUUCUUCUUCCCCUUCCCCUUCUCCUUCUUUCACUCCACUCCCUCCUCCCUCUUCCUCUCUUCCACUUUCACUCAAAACCCCCCACCCCACGCGCUCCCGCAUCCCUUUCCUCGUACCAACCAAAACCAACAACAACUUCAACAACAAGAACAAGAAACCCUCCACCACCACCACCUCCAACGCUUCCUCUUCAUCUAACGUCAUUUUCAAGCGCAGCAAGUCCACUGCCACGUCCACGAGGAGCCAUAACCACUUCCUCCUCCACGACCACGACUUCAGUCCCAGAAAAAAGAACGGCUUUUGGUCUUUUCUGUAUCCUUCUUCGAAGGAAGCCAAGAGCCCAAAUGGGAAGCACAGGGACAAGGGCUUGGGACAAACCCAGAGAAAGAGUGAUCACGUGACUAUGGAGGAGGACAAGUGUUUCAGUUCUUCCUCUUCCAAGGUUUCGAGAUCUAGAUCUGUUGGGUGUGGUAGCAGGAGCUUCUCUGCUGAUUUCUUCGAAAGGAUCUCUUCUGGUCUCGGCGAUUGCACUCUAAGAAGAGUCGAGUCUCAACGCGAAGGAAAACCUAAGGUUGUGGCUUCUGCUUCUGCUGGCACUGGUGUUGUGAACCAUUGCAUGAAGGAAAGAGUACGGUGUGGUGGAAUCUUCGGUGGCUUCGCUGUGACUUCGUCGUCGUCUUCUACGUCAUCUUCUUCAUGGGUUUCUUCCUCAGUGGAUGAUGGCAGAGGAAGGAGUUGGGGGUGGGCGUUCGCUAGCCCCAUGAGAGCUUUCACCACAAAAGGGUCUUCUUCUUCUAAGCCAGACGCUUCUGAUAAGAACGCCACGCCAAACUUAUCAGCCAUCCCUUCUUUGCUCACUGUUAGAGGCUGA